CCUUGCUUCAGCCACCCUGCCUGCUGCUGCCGCUGAAGCCACGAAUCAGACAGAGAUAGUCAUGCCAGGGCAAGACGAAACUAUGCAGAACGGAUCGUCAGGAGCUGCUGAUGGUGGAGAUCAGUACAUUAACGAAGACGCUUCGGAGCAGUACGAUCGCCAGAUUCGUCUGUGGGGAGUGGAGGCGCAGCAGCGAAUGAGCGGCUCGAGGGUGCUAUUUUCGGGCAUCAACGGGGUGACCGUGGAGGGAUGCAAGAACCUUCUCCUGGCGGGAGUUAGCGCCACGCUCCAGGACCAAGCCUCGGCGCAACCGAGCGACAUCGGCGCCAACUUCUUGCUCAGCGGCCAAGACGUGGGCAAGAACCGCGCGGAGGCUAGUGCGGACAACGCGAGGGAACUGAACCGGCUGGCGAGCGUGUCGAGCGAGACCAGGCCGCUGGAAGAACUGCCGGAUGACUUCUUCAAAGCUUUCCGGGUGGUGGUGCUGAGCGGCGCGGCGCCGGCACAGCGGCGGCGAGUCUCAACGUUGUGCCGGAAAUUCAACGCGGCGUUCUACACGGUGGAGACGUUCGGUUACGAUGGGUUUCUGUUCUGUGAUCUGGGACCGAAACACGUCUACCGCAGAGAGAUCGGACAGAUCCUGAGCGACCCCAUGGACAUGGAGUUCCCGAGUGUAGAGGAGGCGUCCGCGGCCCAGUGGAGUUCCCUCAAGGACCGAUGGGGCCCGCCCCCAAAGCCGUUCGUCACAGCGCAAGUCGUCGCCCUGUUCCAGGAAAAGUUCGGCAGACGGCCCCUCCCCGCGGACACGCCGGAGUGCGCCGCCGUCAUCGAAAGCGCCCUGGAGAAUAACGGCCUGCCUCCGGACUUCUUGGGAGAAGCGGGGCCCGUCGCGGGCGGGGCGGCGGCCUCCUUGUGCGCCACGGCCACUGCCGAGGUCUCCCCUGUGUGUGCCAUCUUGGGGGGCAUUUUGGGGCAGGAGGUCAUCAAGGCUAUUUCCGGCAAGGGUGCGCCUGCUUGCAACUGCGUGGCUCUGACAGGGAUGACCGGAGAGGCCAAGAUGUUCAGAGCGCCCAGAAAGGCAAAGGCCUAG